AUGAGAUCUGUUGAAGAGAAAGAAGGUGGUGGAGUUGGAAAGAUUUCACGACGUGUUUCGCUUGUCCAUUACCCCGAGCCUACCGAACUCCAAAAAGACAAUACCAAGAAUCUGAAACAGCUGUAUCAGAGGUCUUCUGGAACUUUUGCAACUCCUACUCAAAAUCUUAGGCUGAGAAACUCACAAUCAGCAGGUGGUACUGCAGCCUUCUCACAUAGUAGUAGGCCUAGGAGUUCUAUGUCUGGAGCAGGGGAGCUAUCAAAUCCUUCAAAAAGAAGACAUGUCGAUGGACCCACUAUAUCCAUUGACCAUUCUGCUCAAGAUUCAGGACGAGGUCUUAGUGCAGUUACUUCUUCGGGGUCCUUAGAGCAUUCCCAAGAAAAGAAAUCGAAGAAGAAAAAUAAAAAGUAGUGCUAAGGUAAUUUAUACUAAAAUUUACCAUUUAUCUUUUUGUACACUUGAGCCAUACUAGGAGGACUGAGGAUGAAGCAUCUGGCUGUCAGCACUGAAUAUUGAUGCUGUCUCUGCUGCAUGAUUCUGAAAUUGUUUUUCAAAUCCCUAUUAGGUAUGCGUGAUAAAUGUUGGGCAAGAUGUAAUCGUGGAGAUAUUGCCAUUUGAUUUGUGUUUUCAUGUCAUUGUUGCUUUUGUAUUGUGUCACUGUGAUUCUUAAUUUCCUAUGCACUUGUUUUUGCAAGAGUCUAAUUUGCUUGUCCUGAUCUGUUUUAAUGUUUUGCAGUUAUCUUCAUACACUUCUAAAAGCAUCUAGGGUGCAUCUUAGUUUAUAGUUGGACAUUGAAGAUGACUGUUUUUACCAUUUAUUAAGUCCUGGUCAUAGUUGAUUAAUGCUUACUUGAGUUCAUUGCAAUGGUAACUGUAGAUAUAAGAGCAUCAAAAAGUGAUUAUAGGAAGGGAAUGG